AUUAGUUAAUUAAUGAGAUCAAUAAGUACUUUUAGUAUUUUCCAAAUUUGCAAACGUUCUAUGUUAUGUCUUAUCUUAUUUUGUGACUUUUCCAUAUUGUAUGCUCUGAUGUGUAUAAUAAAGGCGAAUUUGUGAUAGGAAGUGGUAUGAAAAGACAAACUUGUCAAAUUCUCUGGGACGUACGUAACAUCAACAACCUCUACUCAAACGAUCCUACCUAACCCAUACAGGAUACAUCAGAUUCAACAAAGUAAACGAAUAUUAAUGUCGAAUCAAAAUGUUUAGUAUUAAAUAAUCUAUAAAGUCUCUUUUAGUCUACUACAUGUAUACAACGUGCAUGUUGUUAUGCCGAUUCUUAUCGUUAUUUUAUCUAUGAUUUCUACGAAAUUUCUUGUUGUUUUAUUUACGUCAAAGAAAUUUCUUAUUGAUCGUAUCCAUCUUUUUGUUUUGCCGUAAUUAAUUAAUGGACUAUCAAGGUUAAACGGAUCGUUCAUCAUUUUCCAAAUCUUAUAAUAUAAAGAAGAGCUUAACUCUCUUCUCCUCUUGCCACCUCAUCAAAUAGAGGAAGGAGAGUUCUACACGUGUCCAACCUUUUUUUAAAAAUUGUAGUUUUCGACUUGGGCUAUCACGUUUUUUAUGUUGGGCUUCAUAUUAGGUUAUUUUCUUUUCAUUCUCGGGAUUACAUUACAUUAUUAGGGCUGAGAAAAGAAAUCAAAAGCUACGCUUAUUGUCGAAUUCUCCUUCUUCAACAAUGGCGACUUUUAGACUUUUAAGGUUCAUAUCAUCCUUUUGAAACAAAUCGUGAAGACUAUUCCCUGGAUCGAGAUGUCGUGGUGUUGUUUCGUCUCCACGAAACCGUUACAGGAUGAAUUGAUUCACUGCCAUUAACGACCUUUUAAUUCCUUCAACCCACUGCAACCACGAUUUAUCAUCAUUCAAUGCAUCUUACCUCUAUUCAAGGCGGUGCAUCUACAGGCUACAGCUAUAAAAAGAAGAAUGGUGAGCUCAUCUAUCCUCCUCGCCGUCCAAACUCUCUCUAUAAUGAAGAAAAUAAAAGUCUCUUCUUUUUUCUCUUUUCAUCUUCUCCUCUUCUUGUUCCUGUUGCUGAAUCCGAACAACAUCACCCAGAUUUCUCAGGAAGAUAAACAUCACUGAGCAAAAGAGAUAGUAUUGCCAGGUUGUGACAUGACAAUUGGACGCAGAGACGACGCUCAACAAAGGCAUUAAAACCAUCUAUAACGAAGAGACCCAGAGCACUCACCACCUCAUGUCAACCGUCUGGAUUUAUUGGUCUGCCCAAAUGUUUUUAACGGGGUUGCUGCACGCCUGACUCUGGUGUUGAGCCUAAGGUAGUUGUUACUAUUGUCGGAGGUAGACCCAAAAUUCGAGAAAGGUGUUGAUCAGCAGUCAAUGGAUGAAGCACGGAUUCAACUGGACGUAUCUUGGAUGCCUUUGUUGGGAAAUUCAGUACUUUCAAGCGAAAUAUCCCUCAGCUUUUUUUCGGGAGGGUGAGGUGGGAAAGGAUCGGGUCACUUUCCUGUCCAGGUUCCUGUCGAACAAAUGAAGUGAAUGACUGUAAGAAUCUGAUCAAGACUCUGGUCAUGCGUGCUGAAUCUUGGCAGAAUUAUCCUCUUACAUUGGUUAUUCUGUACUUGAAGAUCAAUAUGUUUUUUUUCCUGAUUUGUGUUCAGGAAUGAAAACAAUAAUAUGGAGUAUAAGACAUGCUCAUAUGCAUCUAUCUCAGGAAUGGUUUCCAGAGGUUUGACCUUUUGUGCAACAAUUUUGACAAGCAAACAUCAGUUCACUGGAGAAGAAGAAGCAGGAGACUCAAGCACUCAACUCUCAGAUUCACCCGUCUGUCUGUGUAGCGGGUGUGGAUGCAGCUGUUACUGCUAUCGCAGGAGCCACCGCCGGGUCGUCGAUCUCUGGGAAGGAUGAGCAAAUGGCUAAACCUGAAGUGGCGGCUGCGGCAACCCUUGCGGAUGCUCUGUAUAUGCAGCUGCUGAAGUGAUUGGAGCUAGAGCAUUUGGCCUAUGUUGUCAGCUCUGCCAUCGAUGUUCUGUACUUCUGGAGAUAUCAUGACACUCGCUGCCAGUAUAGCCACAUGUUUAGUAACUUCAAAAACAAGUAUUUAUGGUAUUUUAGGUUAUGAUAAAGUUCUGAUUUUGAUGAACAAAAUCAAAUGAGUUGAUUUUAUAUGAGAGACGCUUAAUACUUCUCGACUAUGUAAUCAUUAUUGCUAAAGUUUUUAUUUUCAUGAAGACUCGAGGAUUAGCUCAUAUUAAUACUUUAUAAAGAGAUUAAAGUCAAUGUCUGGAUAUUUGGUGAAGUAUUAAGAGGAAUGGCUACAGUAAAAGUGAGGUCUAUAAAGGAAGUUUGGAACAGUGCAUGCAUCAACUUAAUAAUGGUAGCACUGUCUUGAGUAGUAAUCACAGUGGCAAACUUAUACAAGAGGAGACUUUUUUAGGAACUGGUAGCAGAGAAUGGCUCGCCAGAGGCCGAGCUUCUCAAACGGCUCGCCAAGGAAAUAAAAAUAUCAUAUCAUUUCUUUUUUAUUUAGUCUACGUUUUAGUUCUUGGAUAUAUUUCCUAAUGUUGUUUCUUUUUGCAAGUGAUCACUGGAAAAUAGUUCAUACAUCAACAACAAGAAUAAGGUAAAUAAUCGUUGAUCUGAUGUAAAAGAUAAAAGAGAGCCAAAUUAUUUGUCAAUCAGUGGGGAAUCUUUAGCUUACUUCACAUGGAUGUUGACUUUGUUAAUAUAAUGAAGUUAUGGGAUCUACAUUUGUCUUUUACUCAAGUUUCUUUUUUUAGAAAUUACCAAGUUGAAAGACUGUAAAAGAUAGUCUUUUAGUGUUAGUUUAUUUGGUCAUAAAGAGAUUUUUUUGUUUGGAGAAUCUAUAUGUAUAUAGAUACUCAGAGACGUGCUUGCAGUGUAUUGAAAAAGACAUUCGUUUUAGGCCCUCCCGAUUAAUAUGAAUUUUUCUAGACCCCAAAAUUUUAAAUAAUUUAUAAUUUAAUGGUGUAUACUUAUUUUUUUUAAACCCUAUCUACAUAGUAGACUAACUAACCUUCUAAAUUCAUGUAUUUUUUUUCUAUAAGACAUAAUAUAGCAUAAACUUAUUCUUUUACAGCAUUAGAUUUAUGUAUUUGGUGAAAAUGAUAUAUCAUAUUGCAAAAUUAUUUUCAUUAUAGUUAUAAAUAAGUUUAUUUUUAAACUUUGCCUCUGGCCCCUAUUAACUCUUCGCACGACACUGUAGAUACUCAUACACAUGUUUGUGACUAAGUAUGUAGAGUCUCUGGAACAUUUUUGUGAUAUGCCUUUUGGUGGUAACUGGUAAGUUCCAUUCUGGAGCAUCAAUCGUAUUCCAGUUUGGUAAAUUUAGUUGCAUUUGUAACCAGAACUACCUCUUAUAAUACAUUAGCAACUUGUGAAGGGUCUUUUGCUUAUGCUUCUCCACAGAGAUAUUAUUUCGGGAACUCUCACACACAUUGCUGGAAAUAAGUAUUAAAAAAGUGGAGUUCAAUAAGGAGUCUGCAUGCUCACCAGGUUCAGAAGUCGUUUACUUUUAGGAGUCAGGACAAUGUCAAGGCCGUCUAGGUAAUGUUAAGUCUGUCUCGAAACAGUAUCAGAGCCACCAUGCUUCUUCAAAUGAGAAUCAUUGGUGGGACGGAGCGGAAAAAGUGAAGCAAUGUCCAAUUAAACCAGGCAAGUAUUAUAUUUAUAGUAUUGAUCUUAUAGUCGAAGAAGGAACAAUUUGGUUUCACACCCAUAGCCAAGGGACACAUGCACGUUCCAUGGAGCGUUUAUUGUCUAUCCCAGUUGCAGCUCAUCUAACCCUUUUUCCAAGCCUCGCCUCUAAAUCCCUCUAAUCUUAUGUACACAGAUACUGCUGGGACGCAAAGACGUAUUCUGUCAUGAUAUUUUUUUAUGCCGACACAUGAAACAACAUUUAAUGAAUCAAAUAAUAUUGUCAAAAAAAUCAUGAUAGUGAAACAAUCUUGACAUCUAGAUGGUGGAAGAAGAAAAACGUAAUGGAUAUUUCGAAAAACUAGAGGUGAACCAGCCAUCUCAAUAUAUAUACCAUAAAACAACAUCAAAAACUUUACCCCUUCUCCGAUCUGCGUAAGCCUCUUCCAGAUUAUAACAGAAGCUCAAAAUCUUUAAUCAACUAAAUGGUACCAGCAUUAUUUUUAUUUUUAUAUUUUUGGUCAAAAUGGCACCAACAUUAUAUUUUGUGAAUUUAACUCAAGUAUCACAAUAAUCUUUAAAAACUAUACUUACCAUCUGAACUAAGAUUAAGAAAUUAAAAAUAUGUAAAAUAAUUAACUUUUCAUAAUUAAGCUUGAAUAUAUUUAUAUUUAUAAAUACUCUUUCAGAUUUAUAUUAAUUAUAUGUUAUUCGUUUAUUUAUUUACCUGCCUGUCAUGUAUAUUUAGUAAAAUAAAAUAAAAUUGUUGCAAAAUUCUAUGAAAGAUAAUUUUUUUACUUAAAAUAAAUUAAACAUUUAAAUUAAAUUUAUAUUGUUAAUUUAUUUAUUUGCCCGCCCGUAGGGCGGGUUUACCCUAGUAGGUCAAUAAAUGAGAACACAAGCCCAAGAAUAUAGAUAUUUUCAUACUCUCUUGGUAAUACUAUUACUACUACUACUACUGUCAUAUGAUAAUUGCACUAAUUAUAUGAAAAAUAAACGUCACCAUGUGUCAUUAGUUGAUCAAAAAUCUAAAAUGUCAACUUUGGAAUCCUAUUUGCCCUAUUUUCUAAUUAAAAGCAACGUAAUCUUCUUUUCUUUUUAACUUUUCAAUGCAAUAACGUCACAAGGUAAAGAGACUUUGGGGCAACUUAUUUUCUUGUUCAUCUAGUUUGGCAGGAUAUUUUUUUUUCAAAGAAUUUAGGAACAGAAAGUCUGUCUCAAAUCAAAGGAAGGUAGAUUUUAUAGUCAGUUUUACCCCACGAAAGUAAUAAAACAACAGAAUGCACAAAGAUAUAUAAAGAUUGUCUAACAAGUGAGAAAACACUUCUAGAUAUUAAACGAAAGCCAUUUUUAAAAGUUUCAACCCCAAAAUUUUAAUAUAUUUUUGUCAACUAAAUAAAAUGAUAAUUAAAAAUCCAUAAUCUCAACUCUCUACCUCUAUUUUACUCUUUUUGUGUAACAAUAUAUUUUCUUAAUAAAUUUUGCUGUGAUAGAUUCGAUGGAAUCUAGUAACCUGACUGGAAGAAAAUGGACACAAAAGAACAUACUUAAUGACAAAUCAUAAUAUUUUUAUAUGUUGUCUGCAGAUUAGAGAUUAUAGUGAAGACAAUAUAAAAUGACAUUCCUUCUGGUAGGACUAGUGAGUUGAGCUUAAUCACUCUUCGAUCCGUCGCCAUUAGUCAAACUGGGCCUUCGAGUACGCUACAAGAUCUGAGGUGGGUUAAUUUGAUCUCCAACUCUCUUGUUUUACACAAAUUUAGGAUUAUGGUUCAAAGGAAAAUAAAUAGAGAUUGGAUGUUUUUUAAGCCCCUUAAUUUUCUUACAGGCUCACCAUGGCAAACCAAAUUUAAUUAUUCGAGUGUGAAUCAGGAUCACUAAAUCUUGUGGAGUUUCAUUUUUAAAUGCACAGUUUCUCAGUUUGCAUUAUCCGUCCGACGGUUGCUAAUUUGUAAUAUCUUUUGAAUAUAAAAUUUGCAACUACCAGUUUUAUACAGUACUAUAUUACUAUAAUUUAUUUUUGGGAAAUCGUGCAAUUAAAUCCUAUAAACGCCAGAAGGAAGGGUACAGUACUAAUAAUAUCAUUGAGACAGACAAAAGAGAUUCCAAACUGAUUGACCCUUUUUGGUUUGAACUGAAGCCUUUGUUGAGAAGUUAGCGGCGCGUGUAGUCUGAUACUUAGACGUGACCCAAUCAGGUAACAUAUUUAGAUUUGGUCGGUACUGAGAGUUGGAAACGUUACGGGGCCCACCACUGCCUCGCUGUUCCAGUUUUCUCUUAUUUCCAAUACACGGAAAACUAUAUAACCUUUUUGUAACAUAACUAAUUUAUACAAAUACGGUAAAACUUCUAUAAAUUAAUAAUAUUGAGAAUACACCAAAACAAUUUUUUUUUAUUAAUUUAUAGAAAUAUUAAUUUAUCGAUAUACUAAUUAAACUAAAAACUCAAUUUGAAACUAUAAAAUUAGAUUAUUUUAUAGAGAUUUUUAAUGUAUAUUAAUUUAUAGAAUAUUAAUUUAAAGAGGUUAUACUGUAUAUGAUGUUUUCACCACUUUUAAUUUUAUUUUUAAUUUUUGUUUUAGUUUUAAAGACAAAUAUAUUAAUUCUCCCUCUCUGUUCCCGAAAGUAAGAUUUUCUAGAUUUUCUCUUUGUUUCACAAAUAUAGAUUUUUUAGGAUACUUUUGUAUAUUUUUGAGAAACAUUAAUUACAAAUAUUUAAAUUGAUUAGAUAUAAUAAACAUGAGAAUGGAUCCUGAGACACUCAGAAACAGCGCUGUUUCACCUGGUGAGAAUGAAAUCACACACCGUGAUUCAAAUGCGUCAAGGAAACAAACCGAUGCAGAGACGCAAAGAGAAAGCAACAUUGUGUUGCAAACCAAGAAGUGGAAAGCAAGUGUCUAUUUUUAAUCACACUAGGGAUGCUAAUAUCUGCUAAUGGGUUUAAAUUAAACAUGUAUUGGAUUCAACAAAACUGGUAUCCCUGCGGCUCUAUGGGAUCUAAUGGAACCAUAUGCGAAAAUCGACCAAGCCAAAGGAACCGCGGUUCUGGCACUUGUGAUUCUUGUCCUCUCCAAUGUAGCAUCCAAUGUACCAACCGGUGUGCAUUAUAUCACUGUAGAGAAAACAUGUUGUGGCCUGUGGGUUUAUCUCCAUAACUAGAAAUUCAUUUUAAAUUUUACCUGUGUGGCUGUGUGCAGUGCUUCUGUUGGGAGCAAGAGUGGCGGCAUCGGCGGCUGCAGGGGAAGAGGAGAAGAAGGCGUGGGUGAGCAUGGUGGCUAGAAACUUAACGUUGCUUGGUUCAGAAACAAACUUGAUAGUUUGUGAGCAAAUUCGUAGAGAAGUAAGCUAUCCAUGGCUACACUCUCACAUUCACUAAACACUUCAAAUUUGGUUCACCUUCAACAGAAUCAACACUCAUCGUUACUGCCAUAGGUCUCCUCCUUAAUAAGUAAUCCAUAACUCACUCUGUAUAUGCUUUCCUUUAUUCUCUAAUUUGUGAUGGAAUUUUAUUCAUUUUACCAAUCAAUGUUUAUGUCUCUCUUUUUUUUUUUGAAACUAUUUAUGUCUCUUUUCACACACUUCUGUAAUCUAGUAUUCACGGUCUCCACUAUCUUAGAGAAAAGAAACAAUAAUUAAAAUUAUGAAUGAACUGCAUAACAUUUUAUCAGGUUUUCAAGUUCCAAAGAUGCGCUUCUAGAGUUCUAGCAAAUUUUAUUAAUUCAUAUCAAAUUCUCAAGGUUUACCUUCUUAAAAAGUGAUAUAAUUACAUAAUAUUAACAUAAUAAAUGCGAAUAUCUCUAAAAUGAGAAUAAAUAAAUGUUAUUAAUAUACUAAAAUCAGGUCUUGAGAAAUUUGCUAUGAUUAUUGAAUGAAACAUUGUCAAGCUAAGUGUUUUAGUUAUUUUGACCUUUUGAUUAUUCUACUAUUUCACUAUUCCUUAUGAUAUAAGUAUACUAUUCAAUUUUAGAAAUGUAAGGUAAACAAAGAAACGUGAUCAGUUUUUACUUAAGGUAAAAUGCAUUGUAAUCAUAUGAAAGUUAUCCUCAUUUAAGUGACUUAUCUGCAACUCUGCAGAUGUGUGUGUGUAAGCCUAUGUGUAUAUAUGCUUCUUUUGUGUUCCUUUGUAUUUUAAUAUUCACGUUGAAUUGCGUAUGCCAAUUUUUUUUUCUAUAUAUAACAAAGAAUACCAAGCCUUUAUAUAGGCACGACUCCUACGAUUAGAUAAAAAACAAAUAUUAAAAUAUAAACUUAAAAACUAGAUAAAGCUUAUCUAAAACGUUAUUAUCUUAAUCUAAACAAAUAUAAAUAGUUAAGAUAAUUAUAAUAAAUAAAUUGUAAAUAACCCAUAUUUAUCUUCCAUAUGCGCUGCAUCUAUCACUAAUGCUAAAAUGUGGGUGUUAGAAUUUUUUGGUAAAAUAAAAGGUGUUUUCACCUUUUUAAUGGGAACCCAAACAAUGUAAAUAGUCAUUUCCAGCGCAAAUCGAAUCCAAAUGACGGAAGUUAUAACCGCAACCUCUUUACCACCAAAAUGAUUCGUUCUGGUAAGUGGGUGUUAGAAUUACUACGCCUAUAUAUGUAUAUAUAUCCAGAGAACAUAUAAAAUAGUGGUUAGAGACUUUAUAAAAUCGACGGGACUUCGAUGAAGCUUCUUGACUUGAAUAUACUUGUUAUUAUCACCGGAUUUAUAUGUCUGUGUUUUACUUUGUCUUGUUAUUGAUAAUGGACCCGUCGACGUUAACGUUACUUUAAACAUGCCGAAGAAGAAUGUACUUUCUUAGAAAGAAAAAAAUGUAUUUUGCAUUUUACGUCUUGAGAGUAACUUACUGCUUUUGUCACAUGACGAGUUCAUAUCUGUACUAUAGGUUCCAAUAUUUCGUCGAAAUGGUAGAUAUUGGCAUAUUGCAACUCAAAUAUUCUAUUUUUCCGCUUUUUAAUUUUUCUUAUAAAAGUAAAAAGUCAUACACAUGUUUACCAUUCCACCCACGUAUGUCCCACGAAAAUGACGUCAACAUUAUGUCACUCAGCUCUUUAAUUAUUAUUAUUAUUUUUCUUUUUCGAAUUGCGUAUAAAUAAUACUAACCCCUUCCGCCUUCCACCUACAAUUAAUUUGCAGAAGAGAGAUCAACAAUGGAGAAAGAAGCUCUCUGCUAAAUAUUCUGAUUCUUCUUUCUUUUUUCGUUAUUUAUUAACUCAAAAGUCUUUCGUCAGCAUCACAAAAUGGUGGAUCCGGUGGGUUACAGAUUCCGUCCGACGGACGAGGAGAUCGUCGGACACUACGUGAGGCCAAAGAACCUCGAGAGUAACACGAGUCAUGUAGACGAAGUCAUGAACACAGUCGAUAUAUAUAGCUUCGACCCAUGGGAGCUACCUUGCAAGUCGAGGAUAAAAUCGAGAGAUGAGGUUGUUUGGUACUUCUUCGGUUGUAAGAAACAAAUGCAUAACAACAAACAGAGGAGGAGCACCGCGUCUGGUUUUUGGAGUAAAACCGGCGAUACAACGCCAAUAAUCCGAAAGAAAGGAGAUCACGAGAAGAUUGGUGAGAAAAGGGUUUUUGUGUUUAAGUACAGUAGUAAGAUUCCCGGUGGGUCGAAAUCGAAAUCGAAAUCGAAAUCGAAAUCGAAAUCGGAUUGGGUUAUGCACGAAUACGUCGCUACGUUCUCGUCUCCUGACUCUCAGACGAUGAUGAUGACAUAUACAGUGUGUAAAGUAAUGUUUAAGGGUGACCCCACAGACUUACCUUCUUCUUCUGCUGCUGCUUCCGUUGGUAGCGGUGAAAUUGAGCAGAAUCACUCUCCCAUCACUCAUAUGAACAGCAACAGUUCGGGAGGACUGAGUACUGAGACAGAGGUACAGAACCCAAACCAGACAACAACUGUCUCCUUAAUCCCUGUGAACAACAGUUCUGAAGGACUGAGUACAGAGGCAGAGGUUGAGUACAGAGACAGAGGUGGUAGGUCACACCAGAUUACAAGUUCCAUCUCUUUAGUCCCUCAUGUGAACAACAACAAUUCUGGAGGACUGAGUACCGAGACAGAAGUGGUAGGUCACUUCACAACCAUCUCCUUUUUGUCUUCUUCCAUUUCUCAUGAGUCUUCGUUUGAAUUACAGGAUCCACGUCUGUUUAGUGGCUUUCUUUAUUUGGAGGAAGAUGCUCGUAUCGAAGAUGCAACGCUCAGGGCUUUCAACAGUUUGCCUAAUAAUGAUGAUGCUGAGGAGCAGGAGGAGCUUGUGAAUCUUUGGUCUAUGCAAGAGGAUCGCAACGAUCACAGACCUAAAAUGCCACUGACCGGUUUCAUUAGCGAUGAUGAUGAUAGUGAUUCUGAGUCCCUAUAUGCAACAACGACAUGUUCCAUUAAAAGUUCGACCACUUGUGUUAGUUUUGCUAGCUCAAAUCCUCCCAUAGACCAAAUCAUUUACCUGCCAGAGUCCCCACGCUCAACAAUCGAGUCAGUGUCGUUAACUCAAGAGGUGAGCAAAGCUCUGGGAGCCAAUAGUGCUAUAUCUGAGAAGAAGAUGAGUCCUUGUGAUGAUGAUGCACAAGUAAGUGAGAUCGGAGGUGAUCAAAUGGGUCAAGAGAUGGUGAUCAAGAACAAAAGAGCUGGUUUCAUUUACAGGAUGAUACAAAAAUUCGCCAAGAAAAUCAAGCUAUGUUCUUGUGUCUCAAGAAUAUGAUGCACCAGUCAAUGAGAUCAAUUAAGAAUACAUUUGGUAUUUCCCAUGUAUGAGUUGAGUUAUGUCUUUCUUGUUUUGUAACUUUUUCGUAUUUUUAAUGUAUGCCCUAAUCUAAUAUAUAAAAGUGAAUUUGCUAUCA